UCUAACCGGAGUCUGUGGCUAAAGAAAGCAUAUUCUCGUCUAACGGAGUCUGGGGCUGGAGGAAGCAGUUCCUGGUGUGGGCGGUCUGGUCGUAUAAGGCAGAUUUGAUGUUCACGGCAAGCAGACAUUUCUCCAACAACUCUUGGCGCCCCAUCUCUUCUCGACUGUAGCCCGGGACCCGCGGCCUAGCUGCCCAUGCUUGAAGUAUGCGCAUGAUAUUGAUGCUUGGGAUAAUGAUCGCCUCGUUACCCACCUUCACAAGUCUCUCAGUGACAGCACAGUCUGAGUCCUACAGGUCACAGAUAUUCAAAGCGAUACUUCGAGACCGUCGAGAAUCUCGAAAAACCUCCAAAAGAUCUGAGACCGUUGUGGGUGUUCCUUACCGCAUAGACUGCUGUCCAUCUGAGACCCACCUCAUCCACCCGCGCGGCGGUAUCGCGCGUGACGGGAGGCUUCUGGAACUUUACCGCGACCACCGUACCGUGCAGAAAUUCUACCAAACCUCCUGCAAACAGGAAACUCUAAACCAACCAUGCCGCUUCAUCAAACGCAGUUACCACGAUGCUUCACGGUGCGUACAGAGGUAUAGCUACGUCUACGCUAUGGUCAGAGACUUCAACGUGUCGGAGAGUUUCCGGUUGGACUACAUCCGGGUCAAGUCUGGCUGCUCGUGCGAGCUAGAGGUCACGGUUCUAGAAGAAUGAGCCAUGUCUAUUGGACUAGCAGAUACUAUUAUUUGUUUGUUUGUUUGUUACCAAAUAAUUAAUUUUGUGUUGCUGAGCGUGUUGUUAUUUUCCUUGAAUACAUGAAACAAGAGUUAAACUUUGCCAUUACUCAAUGGCUGUAA